AUGGGCUCUACUCUCUGGGAUCUCAUCACCAGGUACUCCUCUCUCUACAAAUUGCUGCGUAUAACAGCAAUUUGUCAACGUGCUGUUGCUCGCAUGAGGAGGAAACCAGGUGAAAUGCUCGUGGAUUCACUCAGUCCUGAUGGCAUCGAGGCAGCUAGGCUGUACUGGGUCAGAGCUACUCAGGCUCAUUAUCUGCAGUCAGAGUGCAGCAUGAUCUAUCGUGAGAGUAAACAACAAGCGAUCAUCCCUACAGAUUCCGAGCUGGCUGAACUUCUCAUUAGGGACUCUCAUCAGCGAACGUUGCAUGGUGGAACUCAACUCACGUUGACGCAUCUCAGGAAGUUUUACUGGAUUAUUGGAGGAAGAGCGCCAGUAAGAUCCUUCAUUCUCAAGUGCGUGGAAUGUGCCUGCCAACGUGGAGUACGUGCUCAACAACUGAUGGGGCAGCUUCCACCGGUACGUCUGUCUUCAGGACGUGCCUUCUCUAACACUGGUGUCGAUUACGCUGGACCAGUGUCCAUCAAGACGUGGAAGGGGCGUGGUCAUAAAACCCAAAAGGAUUGGUUAGUGAUCUUCAUUUGCAUGGCCACGUCAGCACUUUAUCUGGAAGCUGCCACCGAUUACUCUGCUGAUGGGUUCAUCGCUGCCUAUCAGAGAUUCGUGAAUCGUCGAGGUCGUUGCAGGAACCUCUUCAGUGAUUGUGGAACGAAUUUCGUUGGUGCAGACAAGGAGCUGAAGAGGUUGUUCUCCGCUGGAUCAAAGGAGUUCCAACAUCUCACAGCAGUUUGUCUGCAAGACGGUACGCGGUGGUCUUUCAAUCCACCUGGAGCCCCUCGAUUUGGAGGAAAAUGGGAAACAGCGGUAAAAUCAGUGAAGUAUCAUCUCUCUCGAACGAUUCGGAAUACUACACUGACGUUCGAGGAACUCUCUACGCUGCUUACCCAGAUUGAAGCUGUGCUCAACUCCAGACCUCUACAGGCUCUCUCUGAGGACCCCGACGACGUGUUGUGUCUCACUCCGGGGCAUUUUUUGAUUGGAGAAGCUCUAAUAGCUCUACCGAAACCUUCACUGGAUCAUCUCAACAUUGGACGGCUCUCUAGAUGGCAGCUUAUCCAGCAGUUGCGGGAGUGCUUCUGGAAGCAGUGGUCUACAGGAUAUCUGCAGCAGCUGCAGUCCAUCUCCAAGUGA